CGUGCCACUGCGAUAUCACAGAUUCACCGUCGACAAAGCUUGCCACGGUAGGAGAAACAGAGAGAAAUUUACAAGAGAACCCAGUGACGUGGUCGCCAUCGCAUCCUCUCCUUCUCCUUCGCAUCCUUGUCGCCACAUCCUCAUCCUAAAAGAAGACUUUCGUAUGCCAUUCUUUGUUUCCGAUUAACUCUCCUUUGACUUUGAUGGUCGCAACCUAGGGUUUCCCAUACUCUAUUUGAUAUGCAUUCAGAGAGGAAACCAAAAGUAGUAACGAAAUCGAUUUUGGCUCAAUUGAUUUUUGGCACCGGACAGAAGAAUCAUAGGAUCGAAGAAAAGAAAAAGAAGGAAGGAGACAUGAGAGAGGAGAGGGGCAGAAAAGGGCGAAAAAGAGGGUGGUGCGUUAUUUCAGAAUACCUCCACCCUCGUGUUAUUUGUUAUAAUGUGUUUUCUUGUUACUCCCAAAUGAGGCGGACUCAAGGGGUUGUUUGGAUGGAUUAAUUGUCAUGUUGUAUUUGUAGAGUCAAAUAACUCAUUAAUUGUUCAUGUGGUAUUUCAACACUAUUUCAGUGAUAGUUGGAUUAAAGUAUCUCGUUUGGUAGAACCAUCCAAAUGUGGUAUUUGGCAUGUGGUAGUUGGCAAAAGCAUAGUGGUAUUUGGAACGUUUUGGGCAACUUUCUGUCGAAGGAUUUCCAUGAGGUUCACGUGUCUCUUAUCAACUAGAGAUCACAUCUAGUUGGGGAGAAUAUCUACCCUAUAUCAAUUGCCCAUUUCCACGAGUUGAUUAUGUGUGAUUGGUUUCAUAUACCAAAUUUCCCUUUGUCACGAGUUGAGAUUGUCUGAUUGAUUCCAUAUCUAUCUUUAUUUUCAAGUGCAAGAAAGGAGAAAACAUAAAAAGGUUGAAAUAAUCAUUAAAACUGCGUACUUUGGUAAUAUCAAGUGGUAUCAGGAGCUCGGUUCAAACGCAGCGGCAAAGAAGGAGUUUUUUGAAGUUCUUUAUGUGUUCUUGAAGCUUCUUGGGCGAGUUCUUGAAGAUCUUGGACGUGUCUUGAAGGUCUUGGAGGAAUCUUGAAGUUUGCGAAGAAUCUUGUGAGAUUCUUGUGUUUCUUGCCAAAGAAUCUUUCAAAUUUUCAAAGGAGUUACUCGCUUUCUUGGAGUACAAGCAUGCACGAUCUAGUGAAGCAACUUACUACACAAAUAGAGGAAACGUUUCAAGCACAAACCUCACGUUUGGAAACACGGAUGAGAGCGUGAUGCAAUGAUCAAAACGAGAUUAGGAACAUUUGAAACAAGAUUGCAAGCACCCCAACCUCGUGCGCAUGAAGAAUCUCCAAACUAUAACCCUAAUCCGAAUGUUGAAAGGGUUCAAAGGGAAGAAGAUCGAGAAGAAAGGAGGGAGAGGGUUGCGCAUCAAAAUUUGAUUGAAAAUAUAAAGUCAUCGAGCUUUGGGAAUGCCACAAGCAGCAUGGCGAGGACAACCUCGAAUCCACGACAAGGAAGAGUCCGAUGAUGGUGACUAUCCUCGUGAAGAAGACAAUGACAUGAGGGGUAGCAAAGUCACCAUUCCAUCAUUUAAAGGCACAAAAAAUCUGGAUGCUUACUUCAAUUGGGAGAGGAAGAUGAAGUUGAUCUUUGACUGCCAUAACUACUCCGAGAAAAAGAAGGUUCACUUGGCAACUUUAGAGUUCUCAGAUUAUGGCAUGGUAUGGUGGGAUAACCUUUGUAUGAGGAGAAAUAGGCAGCGACUUAUUGAGACAUGGAAGGACAUGCAAGGCAUCAUGAUGGACAGAUUUGUGCCCAAUUACCACCGAAGGGAGGUGAACCAAACGCUCCAACUUCUACAACAAGGUACUAAAAGCGUAGAAGAUUAUUACUAAGAGAUGAAGAUGCUGAUGAUUAGAGAAAAUAUAGAGGAAGAUAGUGAAGCCACCAUUGCACGACUCUUGUAGGGUCUCAAUCGAGAGAUGAGGAAUGUGGUGGAGAUCCAACAUUUUGUUGAGUUGGAUGAUCUAGUAGCAAUGGAUGCCAAAGUUGAAUGGCAACAAUGAAGAAACAUAGAAAGAAGGUUCUUACCUCCCUCAAGUGCACCAAGGCCAGGAGUUCCUACUACUUCAAACCCUAGGCCAACCAUAUCGAAGCCAGAAGCACCAAAAUUGCCAGCCAAGGUUGAAGCACCAAGAGAUAGACCCGCAAACAUUAGUGGAGGCAUUCAAUGCUUCAAGUGUCAUGGAAGAGGACAUAUGGCCAACCAAAUUCCCAACAACAGGGCUCUAAUCAUAUUGGAGAAUGGAGAAUAAAUCUUAGAAUCUGAA